AUGAAGUUAUCGCAAUACCGACAAAAAGCGCAGAUACUGCUCUUUCUUGCAAUACCAGUCGCGUCUCACAAUACCAACGGAAGACCAGGUCACGGACUCAUUGGCUAUGGCAUCUCCAUGUACAAGCCUGUCUGCGCUUAUGCGUGUCGUGCCUCGAUUACAAACCCUCUGGUAUGCGACAACACAAUUGAUCAUGACAUGGCUAUGGAUGCGGCCUCAAUGGCAAUGGAUACUCCGAGCCCUGCGUGCUAUGCAAACAAUGAUCCCUUCCUACAAACAUUAGCCUACUGCAUGUACAUUCACUGUGCUGAUGUAUCGGUCUCGGUUCUGGAGACUUACUGGGAGUUGAACGUGGCUGGUAGACAGCAACAUCAACCGAGCCCGAAGGAGUCAUAUCAAGAAGCUCUUGGAAGCCUUGCCAGACCACCGACUUUAAUUCUAAACACAUCCGCGGUCCUGGACAUUCCUUCUUUGGUCGAGGAAGAGACGUAUUUGAGUAAUCACAAUACUCUCCGGGUGUUCGAGGCUGUUGAGACGUCCCAUGAGCGAUAUGGCUUAGUCCUCCUUCUUACCGGUGCAAUCAUCCCAAUCGCCUCUUCUCUACUCCGUUUCGUACCGUUCCCCGCUGCUUGGCGAGUAUGGUUCAGGGCAGUCUUCAUCGAUCCUCCUUUUGUCGGUCGUCGCCAUAGUUCCCCUAUACUCGACACCUUCUUUAUGCCCACUCGAGGACAAGCCCUAUUCAUCGCGUAUCUGUUAAUAAUCAACAUAGUAUUGUGCUCGGUCGGGUUCCACUCUGCUAAUCCAAGCAUUUGGUUCGCGUCCAAGCACGACGAGAUUCUCGCUUACGUGGCAAAUCGCAUCGGCGUGCUCAGUUUUGCGAAUAUUCCCUUGCUGGUGCUAUACACUGGUCGGAACAACUUUCUCCUCUGGUUGACUGACUGGUCACAUUCAACCUUCCUCUUGCUCCAUCGCUGGCUGGCGUUCAUCUGCACUCUCCAAGCUUGUCUGCACUCGGCCAUAUAUCUGCAGAUUGCCGUUGCCAAUAAUGAGCACAGUACCGAAAGUAAGGAGUCAUUCUGGAUCUGGGGCGUGGUCGCCACUUUGGCGCUAGCCAUCACUAUCCCAUCAUCAGCAUGGCCAAUCCGGAAGCGGUGCUACGAGCUAUUCCUCGCUUGGCACGUCGUCCUGUCCUUUCUGGCUCUUCUUGCGUGCUACUGGCAUAUUUGGUACAGGUAUGGACAUCAGUGGGGCUAUGAAACUUGGAUCUAUGUGGCGUUCGGUAUCUGGGCCUUUGAGCGGGUUUUUCGGGUCCUGAGGUUGGCGCGGAAUGGCAUCCACAAGGCUCAUGUCACUGUCUUGGAUGAUGAGUAUAUCAAAAUUGAGGUUCCUGGUGUACAUGCACAGGGCCAUGUAUAUCUCUAUUUUCCCACCCUGACGUGGCGGGUCUGGGAAAACCACCCCUUCUCCGCGAUUGCCAGUUUCCGACGCGAGGACAGCAUAGAGAAGAACAUUGACGUCGUGCCGCAGGAUGUUGAAAGUAAAUAUCUGUCAAAGAACGGUACCUCGGUGACGAGGUGCCUUGAUUCGGACAAGCCACCUUCCACGUCUUCACAGGAUCUGGCCACCGGACCUUACCAACCAUGCCUCACGUUUUUCGUACGCACCCUGUCGGGAACAACGCGACAACUAUGCGCGCGAUCCCAACUCCCUGUUUUAGUGGAGGGAUCCUAUCCCCCAUCGCCCCUGAUCAGUCAUCACUGGAGCAGUCAUCCCAAUGUCAUUGCCAUUGCGGGCGGAGUUGGGAUCACAGCGCUGGUUCCAAAUCUGUGCAGUCACCGUGGAGGACACACGCUAUUCUGGGCUUCCCGCAGCAAAGCAUUGAUUAAAUCGGCCCGAGAGACGGUAGGGGACGCUUGCUGGUAUAAUAUGAACGUGAGAAUCUACCAUGACCAACGAAUGGAUAUCCCCAUGUUGUUAACAGAAGAGGUCCGGAAGUAUCAGUGUGCGCCAGUUUUUGUUGUUGUCAGUGGGCCGGCUAGGAUGGCGGAUGAGGUUCGACAUGUUGUUGCGGAUAUGGUUAGACAGAAUCCGUCCUUGCUUGUCUCUUUUGUGGAAGAAUCUUUUACGUGGUAG